GCCUUUAGUGCGAGGCGCUCGCAGCCGCGCCCUGAGGAAGGAAGCAAGAUGGAGGCUGUUCCUGAGAGCAACGGGGUGUCUCUCGCCGGCGGCUUCGCCCCCGAGGUCCCUGAGAGGCUCCAGCAGCGGGAAGCGGAGCGCAAGGAGGAAGCCGGCCGGCGGCGCCGCGAGAAAGAGUCGCUGGCGGUGCGGGAGGAGCAGAGCGACUACUUCGUCUCCGCCUUCUCUCGGGAGCGGGCAGCCGCCGAGGCCUUGCUGGGGCCGGAGCAAGAUGCCGAGGCCGUGUUGGAGGCGGCGCGGCGGCUGCAGGAGCUGCAGCGGCUGCUGACGGACUCGGUGCGCUUCCUGGCCCCCUACGAGGUGCGCCAGGCGCAGGCGGCGCUGGGGAGGCUCCAGGACGCGCUGGCCGAGCGGCGCCUCCAGCUGCAGCCCAAGAAGCGCUUCGCCUUCAAGAAGGGCCUCAAGAAGGAGCCCGCCUUGGCCCAGGAGGCGCCGCCGCCGCCGCCGGUGCUUUCGACGCAGGAGGGUCAGCCUAGCCGGGAGGAGGAGGAGGAACCCGGGUGCGGCUUCAGCCGGGCCGAAGGGAAGGAGUUGGAGCUUGGGCCGGCCGAGCUGCUGCAGCGGGACGUGGCGCUUUCGCAGCUGACCCGCUGCCGGGUUCGGCUGCGGGGCAACCCCAACACGCUGUCGGUGCGCGGCUGCCGGGACUGCACGGUGCUUUGCGGGCCCGUGUCCACUUCGGUGAUGGUGGACGGCUGCGACGGCUGCGUCGUGGCCCUGGCCUGCCAGCAGCUCCGCACGCACCAGGCCACCCGGAGCAGUUUCUACGUGCAGGUGACCUGCCGGGCCAUGCUGGAGGACUGCAGCGAGGUCCGCUUCGCGCCCUACACGUGGACUUACGAGGGCAUCGACGCCGACUUCGAGACUUCUAGGCUCGACAGGAGCAGGGACAACUGGAGCCAGGUGGACGACUUCAACUGGCUGGCUAGGAACGAGCCCUCGCCCAACUGGAGCGUGAUCCCCGAAAAUGAGAGGAUCACGGACUGGGAUUGAACCGGUGGUUGUAGCCCCUCCGCCUCCGCAGAGGGGUUUAGAUAGUGCCGGCUGCAUUCUGGAAACGGCUUACCAAAGAAUGCAGUUGGAGAUACCAGAGUGAUGCCUCUUUCUUGUUUCCGGUAUCGAUUUAGGCAGUGUAAUAAGCGGGGGCCAAACACAGCCUUGCUAACUAAUGAAUUGCCCUGGUGCUGAUACCUUCUGUUGUGUGCACUCUGUGUUCCCUUAUGCUGUGGCUACCUUACUAUUUCUCCGAACUCUGUUAUGGUGGUGCUUUCCCAUUUCUGCCACAGCUUUUAAGAUAAGAUGUGCCAUACCACUGAAGUCCUCUUGGUUAUCUGCUCAUUGUGCAGGUUUAAAAAAAAGACAGUGCUUUGGAUGGUGAAGUGCUUCAGCUCUGUAACACAUUAGAACAGGCAUCCCCAAACUACGUCCCUCCAGAUGUUUUGGCUUACAACUCCCAUGGUCCUUAGCUAACAGGACCAGUGGUUGGGGAAGAUGGGAAUUGUAGUUCAAAACAUCUGGAGGGCCGAAGUUUGGGGAUGCCUGCAUUAGAACCAGUGCAAGUGUUGGGGAAAGUAUAACCUUAUCUUAUUGAUACUUGUAGUUAAAGCUGAAAAAAUGUUAUUAACAAUUCGUAUACCACAUGUCUGCCAAAUAAGCUUAUUCAGGAAUGUGGCACAUGUAUAACAGAGGUGCUACAAGUCAGAAUAGGGGUGUCAAACCAUCCCUUCAACUGGAUGCCUAACCUUUUAAACAAUUCAAAUUAUGCUCUAUUUCCAGAAGCAAACUUUGGAUGGACUUCCACUUCAGUUUCAAAUGUCCCUAAUAGAAUAUACUUUUGUCUGCUAGAAGACGUUGCGGGAUUACCUGCACCACCUACAAAAUGUCACCAAAACGUGUUGCUGAAUUACGGUGUUUGUAAGCUUUAGUUCACCUUUGAACCUAAUCCCGAACAAGUGCAUAUAAUUGGUUUUGGUUUCAAUUAACACUGUACCUGCAAGUUUUUGAAAGGUCUGUGACUAGCCAAAAAUGUAUACAUGCAUUAAACAACUAAAGCACAUGCUUAAUUCUCCCACAAAAAUUAUUGUGAAAUUAAAAGUGCUGAACUCUGCCUAGAUUGUGCCCACACGUUUAUUUUGCUGUAUGCAAGAAAACUGUUUUCACAGUAAGCAGAUGAAACUUUAUAUAGCAUUUUGCAUGUUUCUGUACAUAUAUGAAAUGGUCUGCACAUUUCAAAGUCUUGAUGUACUGUCCAUGUUAUUUCAGCAAAUGUCAUCUUCCGUUCCUUAUCUUAUUUUAGUAUUAAUAUGAAAGUAGUUAAGAACUUACUGGUUUUUAUAAAAUAUUGAUGGCUUUUCCCUGUUUACAGGAUGCUCAGAUUAAAAAGUCGCAAGUGACUGGUUUCUUGUGAAUUUUGUUUUACAAGUGGUACUCUACCUCUUAAUAUCUCUGUGACACUGGGAGAAGGCCAUGUCUCACUCUCCCACAAGCAGGGAGAGAAACUAGAGGUGGCAUAUCUUGAGUGCUUUACUGCUGGUAAAGGUAAAGGGACCCCUGGCCAUUAGGUCCGGUUGCGGCGCUCAUCUCGCUUUUCUGGCCGAGGGAGCCGGUGUACAGCUUCCGGGUCAUGUGGCCAGCAUGACUAAGCCGCUUCUGGUGAACCAGAGCAGCACACAGAAACACCGUUGACCUUCCCGCUGUAGUGGUACCUAUUUAUCUACUUGCACUUUGAUGUGCUUUCGAACUGCUAGGUGGGCAGGAGCUGGGACCGAGCAACGGGAGCUCACCCCAUCGCGGGGAUUCAAACUGCCGACCUUCUGAUCAGCAAGCCCUAGGCUCAGUGGUUUAACCCACAGCACCACCCACAUCCCUGCUUUACUGCUGGUAGCAGUGUGAAUUCCAAGAAUUAAUUGGAUGAAUGGCUGCUAGUAGCACACACACCCUAGUAAGCCGUUAUAGGUGAGAAGGGAUAGUGUUGUUGAUCCCUGUUGUGCAGCUUGGAUCCAGGAAUAUAUUGUGUGAGCAGAAAUGGGCGUGUACAAGACAGCCCUGCCAAAUGAUUCUAAUUUCUUUAUCCUGCUGCAAAAUUACCCAUCACAUACUAUUCCAGGAGAUCCCUUGACUCUUGAAGCAGCUUUCAGGAGGGGCAAAGAGGGCUGUAGUGUGUGAAUGGGGGAGAAACCAGGGAAAGCUCUGUUGUGCAAGUAGAAGGCUUUUUUUUUUUCAUCCCUGGAUCCAUCCCUCUAGGUUAGAAAGGCACUGUAGCUAGACAAAGGCAAGCUCAGCAGCAGUCCAGUCCUUGCCUCCUACAUCAGAACUAUUAAUUAUUAAAUUUGUAUACCCCCCUUCAUUUGAAGAUCACAGGGCAGUUUCACAAAAAUACAAAAUGAAAACAAAAUGCAUAACAUGAUAACAAAAACCAACACAAUAACCCCCUCCCCACGAACACAUUUAAAAGACCUGUUGAAGACCUUCCUUUUCCAUCUAGCUUUUUAAGUAGAGAUUAAAAAAAAUUAGGUCCCAUCUGCACUCUACAUUUAAAGCACUAUUAUACAACAUGAACAGUCAUUACUCCCCCUACACACACCCUGGGAACUGCAUAGCACAGUCAGGAGCCCCCAAUUCCCCCUCACAGAACUAACAUUACC